CAACUUCAAAACGGACCUCAAUCCAUGAGAUAAUCAUGUCGAAAGGUCUAAUAAAAAGCCAUGCCUCCCGCAUAGCUAACAUAUUUGCCUUUUGACUCUCCGUUAAAUAAGCUUGCAUACAUCUCUUCAUCAAGUAUCCCGCAAUCCUUUGAAUCCAACCCCUAUUGUUUUCAAGCCAGCUUAUACAGAGCUUCGUUGUGCUACGUCAUAGGGCCGUAGGGCAGCAGCAAAUAGCAGUGAAAAAUAAGAAGAACGUAUCGGUAAAAAACAACUAAAUAUGGGAUUGCUCGUCAAGCUAGGGCUGCGUCGCCCUAUGGUGUGGGAACGUCCGACGAUACUAGACUGGAUCCUGGAGUCGCCUCUGCAAGCCAUCGUGUUCCACCUGUACCUUUUUGUGCUGUGGCUGCGCGGGAACCCGGUCAAGCCGCCGCGGAACAGGCCGCCCAUCAAAAUCGUGUGUUUGUCCGACACCCACGAAUCCAUCGUCCGGGACGUGCCCGACGGCGACCUGCUGAUCCACUGCGGCGACUUGACGAACGACGGCACCGCCGCUUCCAUCCAGAAGCAGAUCGAUUGGCUCGUUUCCCUGCCCCACCAGCAUAAGGUUCUCGUGUGUGGGAAUCAUGAUAGUUGGUUUGAUAUUAGGUCGAGGACCGAGGAAGAUACGCUGCUUCAUAAGACGGUGGAUGUUAAGACGUUGCAUUAUCUCGAACAUAAGUCUGUUACGCUGAAUUUCAAGGGUGGUCGGAAGCUGAAUAUUUACGGAGCUCCCGAUAUUCCUGAGUGUGGAGGCUCCGAGCACGCGUUCCAAUAUACACCCCAGGAGAAUGUAUGGGCUGGCACUAUCCCGUUAGAUACCGAGAUUCUUGUCACGCAUACUCCACCGAAGCAUCAUCUCGACCUCUCCCUCGGUUGUCCGAAUCUGCUGCGCGAAAUAUGGGAGAAGAAGCCGAAGGUGCACCUAUUCGGACAUGUUCAUUGGGGGCGGGGAGUUCAGCCAAUUUUCUGGGACGAGUGCCAGAAGUCCUAUGAAAAGGUCAUGUCUCGUCCGAAGAGAGGGCUAAUCUUGGAUAUGAUCCCACAUUCAGGUUGGAUUGACGCGUGGAAAGUGUUUUAUUACGGAGUCAUCAGCGUUCUAUGGCAUUGGUUCAUGCUGGGCGGAGCCGCCAACGGAAGCGUUAUGAUCAAUGCCGCGAUGCAACAUGGGACUUCAGGGAAGUUGACUAAGAAGUCUCCUUUUACGAUUGAGAUAUAAAAUGUGAAAAUUUCGGUUGCUACUGGGAAUUAUGUACAUGUAUGUCAGCACAUAUAUGUAGAAAAAAAGGACACACUGCCUUGCGAAGAUUUUACGAUGAGGGCUAAAUGAGCCAUGCUUGAGAAUCGAGUUCGGGGCUUCCAUAUUCAUGUGAAUCACGAAGAUUGUUGCAGAUUUUUGAACAAAGAA